ACGCCUGUAAUUGGUCAGAGCUCUGGAGGCGGGGCUUCCAGCGUGGCGCGUGGGUUUUCCGUGCAGUCGCGGCUGCAGCGGGUGGGCGGCAUGUCUGUGGCCGGUGGGGAGAUUCGUGGAGACACGGGGGGAGAGGAUACUGCUGCUCCCGGCCGUUUCAGCUUCAGCCCGGAACCCACGCUCGAGGACAUUCGUCGCCUCCAUGCCGAGUUUGCUGCAGAACGAGACUGGGAACAGUUCCAUCAGCCUCGGAACCUCCUCCUGGCCUUGGUCGGGGAAGUGGGGGAGCUCGCAGAACUCUUUCAGUGGAAAACCGAUGGAGAACCUGGCCCCCAAGGCUGGUCCCCCAGGGAACGGUUAGCCCUUCAAGAGGAGCUUAGUGACGUCCUCAUCUACUUGGUGGCAUUAGCAGCCCGCUGCCGUGUGGAUCUGCCGCUAGCAGUGCUCUCCAAAAUGGACAUCAACCGGCAACGCUACCCAGCCCAUCUGGCCCGCAGCUCUUGCCGCAAGUAUACAGAAUUGCCCCAUGGUGCCAUCUCUGAAGACCCGGCUGUGGGGCCUGCGGACCUUCCCUGUGACUCCACGGGCCAGACCUCAACCUAGAAAGGUGGCCACAGGACUUGCAACUCAGGGUGGUGUCUGAAGAGCAGAGGGUGGCCUGGCUCUGGAGCUUUUUUCUAGUCUUUUCCAAAUAGAUCGUGGGCCUGAGGUCUCCACUUCUUAAGGUCUGAGGCCCAGCAACCUCUAGAAGGUAGCCUCCUGGUGUUUGCUCUCCCAGUAAAAUGAUUUUGGGCAAUAACUUCUAGAUUCUUCCUGGAUGGCCAGGGAGGCUCUCUGUCUCAGCAGGUGAUGGCGAGGGGACCAGGGGUGCCUCUGAGCCCCAUUCUCGUGUUUCCCUGUUUUUACCUUUUGCCUGCAGGGCAGAGAGAUCUGGUUUUUAGCAAAUUCCCAGUAGGAUGUCAUGUAAGUUCCUUCCCCCUCCUUUUAGAGAUUGGAGGCUAUAAGAGUCCAGAUGCUGGAGCCAGGCUGUCUGGGUUCAGAUGCCAUCUUUGACACUUGCAAGCUGGAUGACAUUACUCAAAUUAAUCUUUCUGCACUUCAGCUUCCUUGUCUAUAAAAUAAAAAGAAUAGUACCUGCCCAA